UACCAAUAAGGUAUGACGUUUGUGCUGGCGCACGGGCUCCGUGUAAUUGAACAGUACUAAAUGGAUGCCCACCGAGACUGGUUGGUAAAUACAGUUGAGAAACAGUUCUGAAAGGAAGGUAGAGGUUGGAACUUGGGUUUGGAAAUUCUCGUUUAUUGCUGUUUUCUUUCAACAACCUUGACAUUGUCUAAGGCAGUUUGGAUCGUUUAGUGCCACACGAGUAGCGACACCAGAACCGCACAAUGCCGCUCAUGAGAACGCUGUUCCUACUGGCUGUCCUUUGCGCACCCACCUCAAGUCUGUGCUUCCGACUGUAUGAAACCGAAUCUAACUUUCUGUGCAGUAAUGAGGUCCUCUCAGGAGCGAAGAGUAACGAGCAGCCCAACAACGUGCUCUUAGACGGACGGGGCUUCCUCUUUGGGUCGGGAGAAAACGUCGAAUCUGCGGAAUCUCGCGAAAAAAGGACAUACCCGGCACCUAACUACAGGUUCCUGAGCCACACACAGCUGAGGAGUAAGAUGUACAGGAACAACGCAAAGGGCAGCCGGCGCAGCAAGGUUACUCUCUCCCUAGAUGUUCCGACCAACAUCAUGAACAUCCUUUUCGACAUUGCCAAAGCCAAGAACCUGCGAGCCAAGGCGGCAGACAACGCUCGUUUGAUGGCACAAAUUGGAAAAAGGAAGUGAAUCCAUAACUACCCAAUGACUUUUCAUCAUAAUGAGUUUAUUUGUUGUUGUGUCAUUUUUGUUAUCCUGGCUAAUAAUUUUCUGAGUCCACAAGUUUGCUGGACUGACAGGCAUUAGCCCAUAGACAGGAAUAUCCUGGCUGAUAAGUACCGUUUGUAAACGUUUCCAUGUGCGCAAAAAAUAAGAAAAAAACGACCAUGAUGAACAUUCAACUUCGUUGUUAAAUGGACAUACCCCCUGUAAACCACACCUACGCUUGCAAUAAUGCACUGAGUAUGAAGAAUUACACUGAGAAGUGUUUCUGCCUAUUGGCAGGAUACGAAAUAAAAUCAUCCAAAUAAUUAAAAGCUAAAGGGACGACAAAGAAUAAUGUAUCCAUUGUGUUAAGUCGGCUCUGUUUGGAUAUAUGGAAAUAAACUUUAUGUUCAGAGCGGCAUAAAAUAGUCUCAUCCGUCCCAUACUUUUAGACUUCUUGCUACUUUGCUCAUUUGUAUAUAAAGUUGCAUAAACAUGAAUAGCUUUUGCAUUUUCAUUUUGAUAUUGUAGCCAAUUGUGGACUAGAGAUAGCCUACAGAUACCUAUGACUUAAAACUUAGCAUAAGUUGUUUAGUUGAUGCGCAUAGCGCAAUAUGUCAAGAAGUAGACUCUGCUUAAGUAAAAUGAGCGCAUGGAGAAAAUCAUCAAAUAUUUUUAUACCUGGAAGGAUUAUUUAUUUUCCUUUAAUAAAUAAAGGCAAAUGAAAUAAAGAAUUCAUCUAAUGUUCA